AUGUCAUUAGUAUACGAUAAAUUCAUUUUAUUUGGGGAUUCAUUAACUGAAUUCGGUACUGGAAAGGGUACGGACUUUUCAUUUCAAGGUGAACUUCAAGAUAAUUAUAUGAGAAAGCUCGAUGUUGAAAACAGAUCUUUUGCAGGGUAUAAUACCAGACAUGCACGUCUUUUACUUCCUGAAAUAUUGAAUGCUGAUAUUGGAGCUUCAAAGAUAAAACUUAUGACGAUGUAUUUUGGAUGUAAUGACGCGUCUAAAAUGUACUAUGUUCCCGUUGAAGAGUAUGAAGAAAACAUUGAAUAUUUAGCUAAUGAAAUACUUAAAAGAGAUAUCAAAUUAAUUAUCAUUGGUACUGGAUUUCACGAUCAGGAAUUAUUUAGAAAUAUCCCUGAUAUUCCAUAUCAUGGUCCCGUGAACUCGAAUAAACAAACGAAAGUUUAUUCUGAAGCUGCAAAAAGAGUGGCAUCCAAGCUCCAAGUUCCAUUUGUUGAUUUAUGGGAAGCAUUUAGACAAUUUGGUAAUUGGACGGAAAAACAAUUACUUGCUGAUGAAGUUGAUUUAAGUGAGUUGUUGAUCGAUGGAAUUCAUUUUAAAGCUCAAGCUUAUAGAAUUUUUUAUAAAGAAGUUAAAAAUGCUAUUGAUACUGGACUUCCUGAAGUUGCACCGGCUGCUUUACCUAAAAAGCUUCCAGAAUGGAAUGACAAUGAUAUAGAAAAAGUGAGACAAGCUCUUGCUGAUCUUGCAAAGUAA